AUGUUUCCAUACUCCAGGGGGAGAUUAUCGUAUCGUGACGUUCCAUACUCCAAGAGGAGUUUAUCGUAUCGUGAUGUUCCGUACUCCAAGAGGAGAUUAUCGUAUCGUGAUGUUCCAUACUCCAGGGGGAGAUUAUCGUAUCGUGAUGUUCCGUACUCCAAGAGGAGAUUAUCGUAUCGUGAUGUUCCGUACUCCAAGAGGAGAUUAUUGUAUCGUGAUGUUCCGUACUACAAGAGGAGAUUAUCGUAUCGUGAUGUUCCGUACUCCAGGGGGAGAUUAUCGCAUCGUGAUGUUCCAUACUCCAAGAGGAGAUUAUCGUAUCGUGAUGCUCCGUACUCCAAGAGUAGAUUAUCGUAUCGUGAUGUUCCAUACUCCAGGGGGAGAUUAUCGUAUCGUGAUGUUCUGUACUCCAAGAGGAGAUUAUCGUAUCGUGAUGUUCCGUACUCCAAGAGGAGAUUAUUGUAUCGUGAUGUUCCGUACUACAAGAGGAGAUUAUCGUAUCGUGAUGUUCCGUACUCCAAGAGGAGAUUAUCGUAUCGUGAUGUUCCAUACUCCAGGGGGAGAUUAUCGUAUCGUAAUGUUCCAUACUCCAAGAUGAGAUUAUCGUAUCGUGAUGUUCCGUACUACAAGAGGAGAUUAUCGUAUCGUGAUGUUCCGUACUCCAGGGAGAGAUUAUCGUAUCGUGAUGUUCCGUACACCAAGAGGAGAUUAUCGUAUCGUGAUGUUCCGUACUUCAGGGAGAGAUUAUCGUAUCGUGAUGUUCCGUACUCCAAGAGGAGAUUAUCGUAUCGUGAUGUUCCGUACUCCAAGAGGAGAUUAUCGUAUCGUGAUGUUCCGUACUCCAAGAGGAGAUUAUCGCAUCGUGAUGUUCCAUACUCCAGGGGGAGAUUAUCGUAUCGUGAUGUUCCGUACACCAAGAGGAGAUUAUCGUAUCGUGAUGUUCCGUACUCCAAGAGGAGAUUAUCGCAUCGUGAUGUUCCGUACUCCAAGAGGAGAUUAUCGUAUCGUGAUGUUCUAUACUCCAGGGGGAGAUUAUCAUAUCGUGAUGUUCCGUACUCCAAGAGGAGAUUAUCGUAUCGUGAUGUUCCGUACUCCAGGGGGAGAUUAUCGUAUCGUGAUGUUCCAUACUCCAGGGGGAGAUUAUCGUAUCGUGAUGUUCCAUACUCCAGGGGGAGAUUAUCGUAUCGCGAUGUUCCAUACUCCAAGGGGAGACAUCGUCGCAGACAUCCAUCCACGGAACCUACAAAUUCCUAUUUUAUUGAAUGGAAGGAGUUUCUUGAUGAUUUGUACACUACGGCUUUCAAACAUAAUUGUCAAGGAAUAGAUAUCAAGCGGUUCAUGUCCGACUGGACAAAGCUUAAAUGUAAAUAG